AUGGAAUUCCGAGAUGUGAACAUGAAACUUCUGGCUGAUGAUAGAAUAAAAAGUCGCUUAUGUAUCAGGAAACCUACAAUUAACCAAGCCAGAAAUCUAGCAACUCCUUCUACCCCUUUCAUUGAGCCAUUGAACCAGUUGAAAGAGAGUCAGCAGUAUAAUUCCGUGAAAGCCAUACAUGCCAGAGCCGCCGCUAAACUUGCGCGUCAAGCGUCUGUGUCAAGUUUAAGAGAGAAAAAAAGAACCAAAGUUUUAUCUUUUGCCACGACAGUCCUUGAUUUGCCAGAUCAUUUACUCAAAAAAGAUGUUUUCUCUCUUCCAACACUAGACUUUACUUAUACCCAAGGUGAACAGGAAGAACAUGAGAAACAAACGCCAUCAGAAAGUACAACGGCUCGGAUUUCAAGCAUGGACUUUGAAGUCUCCAAAUUUGAAGCGGAAACUGAUCUGCUCAAAAUUAUUAGGUGCCUGCGAGAAAAACCUUCCACCAGGUUCUUCUACUUGACUCCCGCACUACCGAGACGUUCCACCAAUUAUCACUACUACAAUCUCAAGGUAGCGCCAUAUGAAAAACUCAAUAAAAACAACUACUUCACCCUCAGUCUUCAUGGAUGUACACACAUUACGACAACGGAUGAAAUUGAAUACGUUCCUCUUGAUCGGUUCGAGAGCGAAUACAAGGCUUUCAUGGAGAUCCGAAAGAUACCAACAUUUGCUCGAUAUCGUCUGUGGAAGGGCUUCAUCCGGUGGCGCAAGGUCAUCCGAUACGCAAAGAUGGAUCAGUGUCGCCGACAUCUACGUGACAACCUCUACAUAGCCAACUCCUCCCUUCGGCCUGCUCUUCUCAACGUUCGUGAAAUGUGCUAUCGCAUCAGCGACAUGGGCUUGUGCAAACUUGAGAAAGGAAAAACCUACACACUGCUGGAGUUUUUGACUAAUCAGGUUAAUCAACUAAACGAAGUGUGCACACGGCUUUCGGAAUUCAGAGAGCUGGUUAAAGAGGUGGUGCGAAGCGCCUGUCGGACUUCUCUUCUCGAGGCGGGAUUCAUGCCCGAUGACCAUUUCGUGGAGGCCAGCGCAAACCAACUCAGUAUGGAACGAAAUCUGUAUGACAUCGAGGAGUUGGUGGAGGGCUGUAAACUGAGUGCUAAGCGCCUGCAUCUUGAUCCAAUCCAGUACGACAUUGAUCAUCCUCUUGUGGGGCAAGCAAUGAAAGCGGUAAAUUUGGGACUGCGUCAGAUCAAAAACAAUCGGGCCAAACUGCAACGACGGACUGAGAAGAUGAAGACGCAAUCACAAAAUCCGGGCACGAGCUAUUUGUCCUCUUUGUAUGAUGCGGAAAUCGCCUCGGAAACACCCGAGAAGAUGACCUUCACUGAGAUGGCAGCCAAGCGCAAAUAUUGUCAAAGACUGACAUGUUUCAUUCGAUUGGCUGACUAUCAGAUCGUGAGUACGCUUCACACCCUGACAGUCAAUUCGGUCUACACUCUGUUGGAUUGCCUGUGUGACCACUUGAAGCACACUCCGCCGAUUACUGAAAUCUCAACGUAUCAGAUCAAAGUGGAUCAAUUGACAGAGGCACCGAGUGCAACUGCGCAAAUGAAACGCCCGGACAAUUAUCGUACACCACGGGAACACAGCAUCAUCAAACUUCCAUCGCACCAGUCCACCAACGUCGAAUCGGAACCCGUCGAAGCGCCGACUCCACUUUUUGUCCUGGAAUUUAUAUUAGAGCCGAAUAAUUUAUACAUGAUUCCAGAUGAACACCUCUUUCGUGACGGUAUACUGGAAAUUAUCAGCAAAUUUCAGGAACAAGUCUUCAAUAUCAAAAACCUAUUACCAGAUCCGUAUUUUGAUGCAUUUACAAGACCAGUUAUCAAUAAUAAAAUGGAAGAGAAGACUUGUGGAAAUGGACCACAGCUGCAGAAUAUGUUUGCAGAAGACACCGGUCUCAAAGAAAUAAUAGAGAAUGUAAAAAUGUCCCUCUCCCGUGCUUUUGAGGCAGUUACCGCAUACAUGAACACAUUCAGGGAGAUUCAUGAGUUCUAUCACGAGAACGAGAUGAUCACACUGGAAUCAACGCGGGCUGCUCGGAAUGCCCUUUGCGAAGCGGCCACCCAUGGAGCUCGUCUGCAGUUGCAUGUGAAGUUUUUCCGCGACAGCUUAUUAAAGCAUCACAGACAAUUUAUCAUGACACAGAUGGUUCCGGUGCAAAGACCUAUUGGCAUGUUCUUGAUCGACACUUCCACAAUGCGAUCUCUUCUGUUACCAUCCCCGAGGCGGUGCUUGGAAUUACUACACAGCCUGAUUCCCAUAGACGCUCGUACAGAGGUUGACAGGCUGGUACACGAAACGCAGGACGCCGAGUACACCCUAUCCAUCAGUCCCAGCUCCACUGUGGAUUUUGUCAAGCAUUUAGAAUUUCUGGUUCACAUGCAAACCCGAAUAGAACCAAUCGAGAAGGAGGCUGACAUUGUGAAGGAAAUGUACGACAUGAUUGAGAUCUUCAACGUCCCCGUGCCCCCGGAAGACUACGCAGUUUACCAGACUCUCCUGCCUUCCAUUGAAAGAGCCAAAAAUGCAAUUGACAGGUCACUGUCGGAGCGCGACGUUAUAGUGGAUUUGUUCUUCGCCUCGCUGGAUAAGGACGUCGGUGACUUACUGCACGACAUGAAGGAAGCCAAACAGGCUAUCAACAAUCCAAUACUACUGGAUGUCAACGCAGAGCGCACAAACGUGAGACAGGAAAUGCAGAAGAUUAAGGAAACCAUCGAGGACCUGCAGACACGGGCAGCCCUUUAUAAAGGGUAUUACAAGUCCUUCAAGGAAUUCAUCCAGAUCCUGUCGGGCACUACAUUAGAGGAUCAAAUACUUUCCCGUGCAAGUGUACGAGCAACGUCCUUCCUGGAAUACUUACAAAAAUGGUUCCCCAACGUGUUGCGAGUAGAACAACCGAGAGUCGAAGAGUUGGAGUUACUCGUCUCUGAAAUGAAACUAAAACAACUGAUGUGGAACUCUUUGGAUGAAUGGGAUACCAUCUACAACGAGUGGUUAACUGCAGACUUCCUUCAGCUGGAAACAGACAUGCUCAAUUCGACCACUCAAAAGUACCUCAAGUCUGUCGCGUUGUUAGAGAAGGGAUUGCCCCCGAACAACGUGGUCCCGCUACUUAAAGCCAAAGUGGACAGUAUGAAGGAAAAAUUGCCCGCGAUUAUGGAUUUGCGAAACCCUUGUCUUCAGCAACGACAUUGGCAGAGGCUGGAGGAUGUGAUCGGCUUUCGCUUAGCUCAAUUAGAAACGCCUUUGACGUUGGGCUACCUAGUGGAGUUAAAAGCAUUCGAACGUUGCGACGCCAUUUUGGAAAUCUCCAGUCAGGCCAGCUCAGAGGCCAGUCUUGAAAAGUUGCUUAAAAAGGUUGAGGAUUCGUGGAAGUCCAUGGAAUUCACAGUCUUGCCCUACAAAGAUAGCAAGGACGUUUUUAUUGUGGGUGGAACCGAUGAGAUCCAACAACUGUAUGAUGAUUCAGUGAUAAGUAUUACCACGAUUGCCUCAUCGAGACACGUUGGUCCCAUCAAAAACCGCGUGGAUGAGUGGUCCGCGCUACUCGACUUAUUCGGCAAGACAUUGAACGAGUGGAUGAUGUGUCAACGAAGCUGGUUGUACUUGGAAAGCAUUUUCUCCGCUCCGGACAUACAAAGACAACUUCCCAGUGAGGCCAAAAGUUUCAUGGCUGUAGACAAAUCCUACAAAGACGUAAUGCGCAAGGUUCAAAAAGUUCCGUUGGCGAUGCGUGCUGCAACGCAACCGGGUUUAUUGGACACGUUCAGAAAUAACAACCAGCUAUUGGAACAAAUCCAGAAAUGCUUAGAAGCGUAUCUGGAGUCGAAACGCGCCAUAUUCCCGCGGUUCUACUUUCUUUCGAAUGAUGAACUAUUGGAGAUUUUGGCACACACUCGGGACACACAAGCCAUUCAGCCUCACUUGCGCAAAUGCUUCGACGCCAUCGCUAGGCUAGAGUUCGCAACAACGGCCGAAAGCAAAAAGGAUGAGCCGGUCUAUACAAACGACAUUUUGGCUAUGCUGUCCCCUGAGGGAGAACGCGUGUCUUUGGGAAAGGGCUUGAAAGCUCGGGGAAACGUGGAAGAUUGGCUUGGUAAAGUGGAAGAGGCGAUGUUUACCAAUCUUAGAAAAUUGAUGAAGAUUGCCAUUAACAGUUUUGAAAGUGCCGGGAGAAAAGAUUGGCUGAGGUCACACCCCCACCAAAUCGUCUUGACGGUUGAGCACCUUAUGUGGUCCAGAGAUAUCACCGGUAUCUUAGAACGUCCGGACAGUGGAUCAACGAUACUCGGUCUGAGAGCAUAUGAAACAAAAUGCUUCAAAGAACUGAACCAGCUUGCCGCAGCGGUUCGUGGUGAGCUGCCCAAAUUGCUCCGAGUCCUGAUGUGCUCUCUCAUCACCAUCGAUGUGCAUGCCCGUGACAUUGUCACUGAACUGGUCACUAACAAGGUGGACUCCUUGAACAAUUUUGACUGGCAGCGGCAACUGCGGUACUAUUGGGAUCAAGAUCUGGACACGUGUGUAGUCCGCAUGGCAAACGCUUGUCACACAUAUGGAUACGAAUAUCUGGGAGCCUCCUCACGCUUGGUCUUCACUCCUUUGACAGACAGAUGUUACCUGUGCCUCAUGGGUGCUCUGCAAUUGGGUCUGGGAGGAGCACCAGCUGGUCCAGCAGGAACUGGUAAAACGGAGACCACAAAGGAUCUGGCCAAAGCAGUCGCAAAGCAAUGUGUCGUGUUCAACUGCUCCGAUGGCCUCGACUACAAAAUGAUGGGACGCUUUUUCUCUGGUCUGGCCCAAUCUGGAGCUUGGUGCUGCUUUGAUGAAUUCAACCGGAUUGAUAUUGAAGUAUUAUCCGUCAUCGCGCAACAGCUGAUCACUAUCCGUAACGCGAAAGCAGCUAAAGUUUCCCGCUUCAUGUUCGAGGGUCGAGAAAUCAAACUGAUACCCACAUGCGCGACAUUCAUCACCAUGAAUCCUGGCUACGCUGGACGUACUGAACUACCCGAUAACUUAAAAUCAUUGUUCCGUCCCAUCUCGAUGAUGAUACCGGACUAUUGUCUCAUCGCGGAAGUUAUCUUGUACUCUGAGGGAUUCGAGUCAUCCAAAAUGCUUUCUCGGAAAAUGACCCAAAUGUACAAAUUGUGUAGUGAACAACUUUCACAGCAAGAUCAUUACGAUUUUGGCAUGCGAGCCCUCAAGUCGGUUCUCGUUAUGGCCGGCUCGCUUAAACGUCUCAACCCGGAUAAACCGGAGGACGUUGUGUUGAUCCGAGCUCUACGAGACAGUAAUUUGCCAAAGUUCUUGAAAGAGGAUGCUGUUCUCUUCGCGGCCAUCCUACAAGAUCUCUUUCCUGGAGUGGAGCUUCCGGAGAAUGAUUAUGGUCGAUUUUUGUCUGAAAUCGAAAACGUGGUUCAAACAUUUGGCCUCCAACCCGUACCGGAACAGAUAACGAAAGUGAUUCAGUUCUACGAGACGCUAAUGGUUCGCCACGGAGUUAUGUUGGUUGGUCCAACAGGUGGAGGCAAGACAACUGUCUAUCGCAUUCUUGCAAAGGUGCUUGGGAAUUUACACGACGCAGCAUUAUCCAUUGAGAAUCCCUCAUACCAACCGGUGAAAACGUAUGUUCUUAAUCCCAAAGCAAUCACUAUGGGUGAACUGUACGGCGAAGUCAAUAGACUGACUUUGGAGUGGCAUGAUGGUCUGUUGGCAUUGAUCGUUCGCCAAACCUGCGCGGACACCUCUGAGAAUCACCAAUGGGUUAUUUGUGAUGGACCAGUGGAUGCUUUGUGGAUCGAAAACAUGAACACUGUCUUGGACGACAACAAAAUGCUCUGUCUGGCCAAUUCCGAGCGUAUCAAGCUGACCAAUUACGUACACAUGAUUUUCGAAGUGCAGGAUUUGGCUGUCGCCUCACCAGCCACUGUCAGUCGUUGUGGAAUGGUGUUUGUCGAUUCGGCCGAUCUGGGAUGGAUGCCAUAUGUACAGACUUGGCUAGCCAGUCAUGAAGCUGCCCUGACAAAGCCAGUGACCGAUUACCUCAGAAAUCUAUUUUCUACUUAUGUGGAUCCUUGCCUCAAGUUCACGAAUCAGCAAUGCACAGCCCUCAUUCCACAGGUACCUAUUGCCCAAGUACAGACCAUGUGCAAACUGCUAGAGGUACUGCUGACCCACCCCGGAAGUCCACCGAUGGACUUGGAUCGGAACAAGCUCAAUCCGAUUUUGGCUAUGUCUUUUGUCUUCGCAAUGCUGUGGGGCCUCGCUGGUGGUCUAAUUUAUCCCAACUGGGAUUCCAUCGAUUUGUUCAUCCGGAAUUUGUUUGACGAUUUGGGAGAUGCCCGGUUACCACAGCACGGUGAUCUUUGGUCAUGUUAUGUGGAUUCGGAAACACGUCGCAUGGAUAGCUGGGAGAAGAUGCUGAGCCCAUUCACUUAUCAAAAGAAGGUCCCUUUUUUCGAUAUGAUUGUGCCCACAGUGGAUACGGUCAGAUUUGGCUACCUAUUUGAUAAGCUGCUGGCAGCUCAUCAGAGUGUGCUGUUCACUGGACCGACAGGAGUGGGAAAAUCAGUGGUCGCUCGGAGCACAUUGAACGAUAUCGCAGCAGCCAGAGACUAUGCUCCUGUCUUUCUGAACUUCUCCGCACAAACCAGUAGCAAUCGAACCCAGGAAAUGAUUGAGGCCAAAUUGGAGAAAAAGCGGAAAGGAGUACGCGGAGCUCCGAAAGGCAAACGUGUCAUUCUCUUCGUCGAUGACUUGAACAUGCCCAAACAGGAUUACUACGGGAGUCAAGCUCCGAUAGAACUUCUGCGGCAGUUUCAAGAUUACCAUGGAUUCUACGAUCGAGACAAAUUGGAGUGGAUUGAAAUUACCGACGUGACGUUAUCCGCAGCCUGUGGACCCCCAGGCGGAGGUCGGAAUCCGGUAUCGGCUCGUUUGAUCAGGCACUUUUCCGUGCUUUCGAUUCCACCGUCCUCUGAAAUCAGCAUGAAGCACAUAUUUACCUCAAUACUGAAGGGUUUCUUCCGUGAUUUCUCGCAAGCCGUUCGAGGGGCAGUGGAGUCGGUUGUGUCGGCUGCCGUCGAAAUUUACACACGGAUGGCUAGUGAUCUGCUGCCAACUCCGACAAAAUCUCACUAUGUUUUCAAUCUCAGAGAUUUGUCGAAGUGUAUUCAAGGCAUCCUGCAGUGCGAUACAAGCACGGUUCGAGACAAGAAGUCCUUGAUGCGUCUAUUCCUUCAUGAGGCUCAGAGAGUUUUUCACGACCGCUUAAUUAACCGGGAAGAUAAGCAGUUUUUCAAUGAGAUCCUCGUAGAGAUGACCUCGAAACACUUUGGUGAAGCUGUGGACAUGGAAACGUUAACGAAAACACCAAUACUGUUUGGGGAUUUCCACAAACCAGGCCUUCCUCGCUCUGAACGCCUCUAUGAAGAGUUUACCAACAUGGAGAAACUAAAAACGCUGUUGGAAGAGUAUAUGGACGAUUUUAAUAUUAGUCAAAUGAAAGAUAACAAACUGGUGUUUUUCACGGACGCCAUCGAGCACGUUUGCAGAAUUGCAAGGAUGCUCAGGCAAGACCGAGGCAACGCUUUGUUGGUCGGCGUGGGCGGUACUGGAAAACAGUCGCUUACUCGGCUCGCCGCACACCUCAACGAUUACAAAUGCUUCCAAAUUGAAGUGAGCAGCGGAUAUGACUACGCGGCUUUUCACGAGGACUUGAAAAAGUUGUACUUCUGGACCGGCGUCGACAAUAAACCUACGGUCUUUCUCUUCACUGACAAUCAGAUCGUGGUCGAAGAGUUUUUGGAAGAUAUCAAUAAUAUCCUCAAUUCCGGCGAAGUGCCAAACUUAUUCGAGAGCGAGGAAUACGAGCGAUUAAUUAUUGGCUGUCGACCAGCCGCCAAAGAAGCUGGCAUACCCGAGGGUAACCGCGAGGCUAUUUUUGAGUUUUGCAUCAACCGUGUGCGGAACAACCUGCACGUGGUGUUGUGCAUGUCCCCAGUCGGUUCAAACUUCAGAGUUCGUUGCCGGAUGUUCCCCUCACUUGUGAAUUGCUGUACUAUCGACUGGUUUGUCGAAUGGCCGGACGAUGCGUUGUUCGGCGUCGCUAUGUCUAUCUUCGAGCAAGUCGACCCAAGAUUACAAGAAAUGAAGACCAGUAUUUCUCGUUUAUCCACUGAGGUACAUCUGAGUGUUUCUGAGGCAGCGGAUCGUUUCUAUCAGGAACUGAAGCGCCGAUAUUACACCACACCGACGAGCUACUUGGAGUUGUUGCAUUUGUACACAGAAAUGCUGCGCACUCGGACCAA